AGUUUCAGUUUCGAUUCCUGCUGGGACGCUUUGAGUUGAGCUUGGUUAUUGUGAGUUGAGCUGGGCGUUUACAUUUUAGGUCGCUGUCAUGGUGGAAACAUCUAGAAAGCAAUGAUGUUUUCAUGGGGAGAAAUUAAUUUAGCGAGGCCGAAUGAUUUGGCAGAAAACCGAGACUCGGAGAAAGACUUUCAGUUCGUACCAUCGACCAAACCGAUAAUAACGAGUUUCUCUGCCACUAAUUCAACGGUAACGUUUACCAAAAGUGAUGGAUCUUCAUACUUUCUUCGGCGGCAAAGGGACCAAGAUGGAAAUGGGACAUUCGGUGAAACCACGAGUGUCAAGUGCAAACACGUUGUAGCUUCAAGUUCAGGGGACUCUAGUCUUCUCCUGCUGUCCCGGGAUGGCUCUGUCCUCUGUGUGGAACUCAGUGCAUCUGCCAUUCCAAGAUCGCUCAAAAACGUCAUUAAAAAAAGGAUCAUUCAGGUCGCAUGUGGAGACCAACAUUCCAUCAUUUUAACUGAAGAUGGACAAGCAUUGUCUUGGGGCAGCAACACUCGGGGGCAACUGGGUCUCACCCUCCAAGAGACCUCUGUCGUCCCGUCCCCUACACCAGUGGCAGCCCUGUCAGGAGUACCCCUAGUCCAGGUCACCGCUGGGGGAGCCCACACUCUGGCCUUGUCUGUCUCUGGAACCGUAUUCGGCUGGGGGCAGAAUGACGCCGGGCAACUGGGUCUUGGAGACACGACAGACAGAUCUACUCCAGUGACAGUUGAGCGUCUCAACCUUAAGAAGACUGUUUCCAUUUCUUGUGGUGAAAGACACACUGCUGUUCUGACAAAGGGAGGUGUGGUGUUGACCUUUGGCAGCGGUGGCUGUGGGCAGCUGGGACACAACUCUCUGCUGAAUGAGCUGACCCCUCGUGUGGUGGCUGAACUCUGGGGCGCAGCGGUCACCCAGGUCUCCUGUGGCAGCAACCACACCAUGGCAUUAGUAGGCCCAACAAAGAAGAUCUAUUCAUUUGGUCGUGGAGAAGAAGGCCAGCUUGGAAACAGGCUCACCACAGACUGUUUGGUGCCUCUGCCUGUUCUGCUGCCUCAUGAAGAUGACUGGAGUAUAAAGCAAAUAUUUGCUGGAGGAAACCAAUCUUUGGCCCUUUGUUCUCUCAGUCAGGAACCUGAGAAGGAUCUUCCGGGGAUUGUUACAGCUCUGGAUAUGGACACCAUUGAUUUUUGGCUUUCAAAGUGUCAAAAACCAAAAUUAUGGCAGCAAAUCCGAAAAAAGAUCAAGGAUAUAUUCUCCUCCCCGUCUUCCUUGAACGCCAGCUUUCUUGACAGAAGCGUUGACAAGCACUACCAGACCUCAGCCACGUGCUCUGGCUUGGACUUGGUUCUUCUCAGCACAGCUUUGGCCAAGCUAGCGACAAAAGCUAAAGUGCUACAGGAGGUGGAGACCGUCGUCCGAGACUGUCUCCUGCCCUCGUUGACUGGGCAGCCGGUCGGGUUUGAAGGCCUGAGGGUUUACUACCUGCUGGUGGGGCUACUGCAGGUACCGCAGCUCCAACAGCUCUCUAUGGGGGUGGCUGAUGCCUUGCUCUCUCUGCACCCAGACAGACUGGCAGUCCUUGUUGGACUGUGGUCCAGGACACCUGCCUUCUACCGAUCCGCAGUGGAGACCUUCUGCAACGUGUCCAGGAAGCACCUCUCCUCCUUAGAUGUGGAAAACAGAGAGAGAACCAACCUCUUUAUGAAGACAGCAGGGGUUUUGCAAAGGCUUCAUUCUGCCAGCAGUAAAGGUUCACGGUGCCUCGCAGAUAGUGUUUUCCAUGUGACGACAGUCAUAAAUACUAUUGAGACGUUUGUAGAACUGUGUUCCUUGAAAGCAGAGAGGGAGCAGCGAUUAAUCUACCAUGUGGAGGUGGACAACGAUGGACUAAGGAUAAUAAACAACACCAAUUAUUAUUUUAGAAUCUUGUUGUCUCUGGUGAAGUACCCUUGCAUUCUACCCGUAGAAUGCAAGCUGAAGCUGUGGAUGUAUCAUCUGAUCAAUGCCACGAAUUUGCAGCCAGGACGCAUUCAAUUCAAUGUGCACCGAGGCACAGUGCUGAAGGACACUUUAAUAUGUCUGCGGACUUCUUUCCAUGACCCAAGAUUAAAACUUAAGGUGAAGUUUCUGGAGGAAGAUGGCCUUGACGAUGGAGGUGUGUCAUUGGAAUUCUUUAACACCCUUGCAAAAGAACUUAAGGAGGCAGAACCACAAAUACUUGAAGUGAAUAAGGAAGGAGUGGCCUGGUUCAGCAAGAAGGUCGCCCAGCUGACUGAUGAGUUCUUCCUACUGGGCACGCUCUGUGGCAUGGCUCUGUAUAACCAGUGCCUGAUGAACAUCCCCUUCCCCUUGGCUCUCUUCAAGAAGCUCCUGGGCUUGAAGCCAACCCUGGACGACCUCAUGGAGCUGUCGCCAACUGUUGCACAGAGUUUCAUCAAGCUGCUGGACGAGGAUGAAGAGGAGGCUGUCAGAGACCUAGACUUAGAUUUCGGAGGGGAUGCAGAAGAUUUGGAUCUUCUACCUAAUGGAAAGUCCAUUCCAUUGACCAAAGUCAACAGGCAGAAAUAUGUGGACCUCCAAGUGGACAUGGUGUUCAGCCGCUCGGUGGAGCAUCAGUUCAAGGAGUUCGAGAGAGGCUUCUUGAGAGGCUGCCCUUCACCUGAGUGGAGAAUGUUCCUCCCUGAUCAACUCAUGACGCUCCUCAAGGGAGAGGAGGUCUUCAACUGGGACGAUCUGAGAAAGAAUGCUGCAUAUGAGUACUGCACACCCAAUGAUGAAGUCAUCAAAAACUUUUGGCGUGUCUUCGCCGAGUUCUCCGUGGAGCAGAAGAAGGACUUCCUCAAAUUCCUGACUGGAACAGACCGAAUUCCAAAAGUUCGCAGUUCAUCGAUCAUGAUAAUUAUCAAGUUGACGCGUUACCCACAGCCUGAGCUGUACUUUCCAAUGGCUGAGACCUGCUUCUGGAUUCUUGAUCUCCCCAACUACAGCAACAUCCAAACGCUUCGUCAGAAACUCCUUCACGCGGUUGAGUUUUGCGAUGGUUUUGGACGAAUGUGAAACAGCUUCAGAAGAUUGUUUGCCAUAAUCUUUUUUUUUUUUUUUUUGAUGAAACAGAGUCUAAAUGGAAAGUUGAAUUAUAUUUCUGUUGGCUUGUAAUAAUUUUUGAUGAAGGGAAUGUUGCCAGGCAAAUUAUAUAUUUUAUAAAAUGUUAUGUCAAUUUGCUUGGUGAAAUGGUGUUGAUAUAUAAAUGUAAAUAAACUGUGCUGGAUGAA